GAUGAAUAAAGAGGCGGAAAGCAAGUUCUAGGUCAAAGCGGAAGAGCAUUCCACUCAUCCAACCCACAUCACUCUAUGGAAACCCCAGCAAUGAAAGAAGAAGAGGAGACGAUGGAGUCUCGCAUACGCCAAGCUAUGAAGUCUCGUCUUCAACAUUUCAAAGACCAAUCCGAUUCUUUAACGUUUGAAGGAGUCCGAAGAGUAUUGGAGAAAGACAUGGUUUUAGAUACAUACACAUUGGAUUCACAUAAAAAGUUUGUUAAACAAUUGUUGGAAAAGUUUUUGAGUGGCGCAGAAGAAGAUGACGAGCCCAAGGGUGGGGCCCAAAUUAAGUUAGAAGAAGAGUCGGUUAAAGAAGUAAAAGCCGAGGACUCUUCCGCAACGGACCUUUCAUCAGCUAAAACCGAAACUCUGGACAAGGAAACCGGCAAAACACCUAACGAGGACAUGAUAAAAGAGGCUAUUUGGAACAAGGCAACGUAUUUCAGAUCUAAAUCUGAGGAACUUACGUUGGCUGGUGUCCGACGCCUAUUAGAACAAGAUCUUGAACUCGAAAAGUUUUCUCUCGACCCUUUUAAGAAACUAAUAAGUAAGCAGUUGGACGAGGUCUUAAAUUCCGAAAACGACAAGGAUGCUGAGUCGUCACCUUCACCUUCGCAUAUUGAAAACGAGAAUAUACAAGCCGAAGUGAAACGGAAAAAGAAAACGGCUGUGAAAGAAAAAGUUAAAAAAUCCGAAGAGACCAAGAAACGUAAAAAACCCGCUCAAGAAACCGAGCAACCAAGGAAAAAGAAGGUCAAGCAACCUGAAAAAUCGUCGGUUGAGAAGAACAAUGUACAAGAUCAAUCUUCUGAUGAAUCGUCUGGUGGAAAAUCUGUGAAAAAGGAAGUGGCAGCACCUGUAUAUGGAAAGAAAGUGGAGCGCCUCAAAUCAAUCAUCAAGGCUUGCGGGAUGACUGUUGCUCCUACUGUAUACAAGAAAGCCAAGCAAGCUCCCGAGGAUAAACGUGAGGCCGUCUUGAUUAAGGAACUGCAAGAGAUUCUCUCAAAAGAAGGCUUAUCUACCAACCCUUCUGAAAAAGAAAUCAAAGACGUGAAACGGAGAAAGGAAAGAGCAAAAGAGCUGGAAGGCAUUGACAUGAGCAACAUUGUUCAAGGUUCACGCAGAAGGUCCACAACAUUCCCCCCUCCCCCACCAAAACCUAAAGAACCCAUUGAGAGUGAUAGUGAUGAGUCGGAGGAUGAAGAUGGCUCAGAUGAUGCAGAUGGCUCAGAUGAUCAAGAGGAGGAUGUUCAAGCCACUCAAAGCGGAGAUGAUCAAGAUGAGGAUGUUCCGGCCACUCAGAGUGGAGACGAUGAAGAUGAUGAUGUUCCAGCCUCUAAGAGCGGAGACGAUCAAGAUGAUGAUGUUGCAGCCACUAAGAGCGGAGAUGAUCAAGAUGAGGAUGUUCAGGCCACUAAGAGUGGAGAGGAGGUCCAUGCAGAAACUUUCGACAGUGAUUAGCUCGUCAUAUAUAUUGAUUCGAUUUUAGUCAGCUAAAGAUGAAGAGUAUUGUAAUUUGCGAGUGGGGUAACAACUUUCAGGUUUCAUUGGGGAUACUUUUUUAGCUUUCUAGAUAUUAAUUUAGUGUUACUUCACUCUAAGCAGUGGGUGUUGAUUGUCGAACAUUAUUAUGUUAUGUUAUGCUACGUAGUCCUAAGAUCCAAGAGAUCAGUUUGCUAGUGUCAUAGUUUUUGUACUUCAAUCUAGAGGUGGUAAACGAGCUGAGAGCGAGCUUGACUAGGCUUGAGCUUGGCUUGUUUAACUUACGAGAGCUCGAGUUCAAGUUAUAUACAUUUUAAAUAAUUUUUGCAUAUAACAUAAAAUAUUUAGUUA